AUGCCGAAGAAGUUUAACAUUCGUGAAUGGGUUCUAUCUGUUCAAUAUUGGUCUUUGCUUUUCAUUCCUCAUAUAUCAAUCUGUCUAAUUUUUUCAACUUAUAUUCUAAUCGGUACCAGUAUUAUUCAAGAAAUUGAAACCGGUCAACAAGAAACUUCUUCUUUAAUAAAAAAUCUUCCACGAGAACGCCUCAUUUCAAAAAUAAUAGAAAAAAGACAAAUGUUUGACAUAGAACAGUAUAUAAAAUAUGUUUCUAUACAUAUUGGCCAAUAUGAAGAAGAAAUCAAAAACACACCAAAUGAUUUUAGAGAAAAUUCAUCAUGGAAUUUUUCGAAAUUUUUAUUUAUUACUGUAACAACAUUAACAACUAUCGGUUCAAAUGAAUUUAUACCAAAAACCAAUCUAGGAAAAUUAUUUCUAAUGAUUUAUACAGGACUCGGCAUUCCAUUAACAUUAGUUUUCAUAAUUGAUUUAAGUUAUUUAAUAAAACGAAUAAUUGAAUGUAUUUCAUUGAUUAUUUUUCAUUUUUAUUCAUCGAAAUAUUUUCUUCAUAUUCGUCGAUUAUUUUUUUUUCGUUUUAUUGAUAAACAAUUAAAUAUUUCAAUUGAAGAAGAUGAUGAAGAAGAAGAUUUAAAUAAAUUAAUAUCUCCUUCAAAAACUCAACAAUAUAUUAAUAAUGUUGUAAAUAUAUUGAAAAAUUUUAAUUAUGAUAAUGAUUUAACAUUACAACAAUUAAUAUUAACCAUUUUUAUUUAUGUUCUUAUUGGUACUUAUUUUAUAUCAUCAAAAUCUGUAUUUGAUAGCUUUUAUUUAUGUUUUACAGCAAUAUUUACAAUUAGUUUGAAUAGAAUAAUUGAUCAAGAAGAUAAUUUAUUUUUUAUAUCUAUUUAUUUAGUUGUUGGUCUUGCAGUUGUAUUAUUGUGUGUAAAAACUAUGAGAACAAGACUAGAAAGAUUAUUAUUAAAUAUUGGAAAGACAUUGUUCAGAAAUCUUUUAGAAUUUAGUCAACAAAUAGGUUCUCAUGAUUUAAAAACCGAUGAUUUCUUAGCAAAUAACGAGACUAAUUCUUAUCCUGCAUCAGACAAUGUUUUUUCUCGACAUCAAUAUGUAACAAAUGUCAUAGCAUUAGAACAACCAUCGACAGCUCGUCCUAUUGGUAUAGCAGAACCAUUACGUCGUCUUUCAACUGAUCUUAUUCGAGUACUCAAGAGUAACGAUAGUAAGGAUGAAAAAACUUUAAAUAAAAGUGUUCAAGUUAGUACCAUGAUCCGACGAUGUGAUCGUUGUGCUGAAUCACCUCUAUCAAGCUUACCAGUUAGAAAAACUUGUCAUUUUUCACCAUCAUCAUCUUCAGUGACUGACAAUAGUUCAAGUUGUGAAGACGAUGAUGUCAUGGAAUUUCCUCCACCCAAUUUAGAUCGAAUACGUAAAAGACGUGCAACACAAGUUGCAAAAACGAUUAUUAAUCAAAUGGCUACCCAACCACGAUUAUCAUCAAUUGAUGAAUUUAUAUCACCAUUAGGAGUACCAUCAAAGCAACGUCAUCGUGCGCAAGGUUUACCACCGGUUUCAGUUCGAUGUUCAGUGAAAGUAUCACGAUCGCCUUCACUUGAAUCUACACGUAAAUGUGAAACUAGUCAAAAAGAAUUUUCGGAACUUUCUAAACAAAUUUCAUCAUUAUUAACUUCACAUGACGAUUGA